AUGUUGUUUCUGCGCCAUUUUCAGGAACUUUCUCUAACACGGCCCCUGGACUUGUUAUUGUUAAGGGUUUUAAUCACUGUACUUCUCCCUCUCUUAUUCUGGCCUUCUGUCUUUUGGUCCUGCAGGUCGCUGUGUCGUAAUGCGAAGCGGAAGUGUGAGUCGGUUCUAGGCCUUGUGGGACUGCAGUGGCCCGAGGACUCAGACUGUAGUCAGUUUCCAGAGGAGGGAGGCAACACAACCUGCCUGCUGGCCGAGGAAGGAGUCGACGAGUGCUCCCCCAGCCACUUCAAGUGCCGGUCGGGUCGCUGCGUCCUGGCGACCAAACGCUGUGACGAACACCUGGACUGUGACGACCACAGCGACGAGGACAACUGUGGCUGUUCUGAGCGCGGUCUGUGGGAGUGUCCUGGCAGUAAGGUGUGUAUUAAAGCCAGUAUGAUCUGUGACGGAUUCCCAGACUGCCCCAUGCUGGCGGACGAGGCCAACUGCACGGUGUGCAGGGACAACGAGCUGUCCUGUAACAACCAUGAGUGUGUUCAUCGGACUCUGUGGUGUGAUGGAAAGAAACACUGUUCGGACAGCUCUGAUGAAUGGAACUGUGUGUCUCUAUCCGAUCAAUCGGGUUCUGUACUGACGGUGCUCAGGACGGCAGCAGAGUAUCAGAUCUGUGCAGACGAGUGGAACCACGAUCUGAGCAAACUGACCUGCAGCCAGCUGGGACUAGGAGUUCCCUCCUCUGUUUCCAUGGUACCUGACCAGCCUGGAGUCCCGGGCCGCCGCCGUUGGUUACAUGUCCAUCCUGAGUGGAACCUGAGGAAUGGAUCUGCUCUGCAGGCCCGACUGGAGAAGAGAAGUCAUGCGUGUCAUUCCAGGAGGAGAGUAUCAGUGCUGUGUACGAGGGAAGAGUGUGGUCUGCGCCCUGCAGUGGGCAUCUACCCCCAUAGGAAGAAGAGAAUUCUGGGAGGACGGGUGUCCCGGCGAGGUGCGUGGCCGUGGCAGUGCUCGCUGCAGAGCGGUCAGGGCGGUCAUGUCUGCGGCUGCGUCCUCAUCGCCCGGAGAUGGGCUUUGACUGUCGCACACUGCUUCGAAGGGAGAGAGAGUUCAGAGCUGUGGAAGGUGGUGUUAGGGCUGAACAACCUGGACCAUCCAGGUGUGCACAGUCAGAGUCGCAAAGUGCGCUCCAUCAUCGUUCACCCGCGCUACAACCGGGCGGUGGUCGACUACGACAUCAGUGUGGUGCAGCUGGAAUCUGAGAUCGAGGAGACAAAUUUCGUCAGGCCGGUGUGUCUACCUGAGCUUGGCCAGCUCCCUUCGCCUGAUUCCUACUGUUACAUCACAGGCUGGGGUCACAUGGGCAACAGGAUUCCCUUUAAGCUGCAGGAAGGGGAGGUUCGAAUCAUCUCGCUGUCUCAGUGUCAGUCUUACUUUGACAUUAAGACCAUCACUCCCAGGAUGCUUUGCGCUGGUUACGAUGCUGGGACCGUCGACUCCUGCAUGGGUGACAGCGGCGGUCCGUUGGUGUGUGAGGAGGACGGAGGUCACUGGACCUUGUUUGGCCUGACAUCUUGGGGCAGCGUGUGCUUCAGUAAAGUGCUCGGACCCGGAGUGUACAGCAACGUGACGCAUUUCACCCCCUGGAUCCAACAGCAGAUCUACAUCCACACAUACCUGAGCGACUGACACACACACUCAACACUUCCUGUCUUCAGCAUUCCAGGAGGAAGUAAUGUCAUUGUCAAUCACACACACACACACACACACACACACACACACACACACACACACACACACACACACCUUCAGUUCCUCUACCUGUGCCUAUAUCAAUACUGAUAGCCUUCAGAUGCUAACUGCUGUUUUAGCAGUGGUAUAAACUCAUAUUGCAGAUGCUAACUAGGUAGCUAGUAGAGCUGUUGUUGUCAACUACUAGACUUUGCAUUCAUAAUCAAUUAACAUUCACUUAACACUCUUAUUUUUUUAUUGCUCUACAUAGAAUAUGAAUAAGAAUAUGAAUCUAAAAAACUUUGUUUUCAAAGUUCAAUCACUACUGAAUAUUCAAAUUUAAAUACCAAUGUGUUUGUAGCAUCUAAAAGCUCUUUAUGAUUCUGUAUUCAAAAUCAAUUAGUCAUUUCUUUAUCAGAAAAUUAUGUUGAAAAUUAAGUUGCUGAAAUUUUAUUCCCACAGAUUUCUGAAUUUCAAAGAAAACAUUUAAAAGGCAAAACUUAAAAAUUACUUUCUGAAAAUGUUAAGAGAAAAAAUUAAUUCACAAAAGUUUACAAAGUAAAAUGAUUCAAGGCCACCGACUUAAUUUUAUGUAAACCGUAUAUAUUACAGAUUCAGUAGUGUCAGUCUUGUAGUAAAUUCUAAUUAUUAUGGACUUUCUUUGCUUCUGAUUUGACUUGUUACUUUGCUUAUAGUAACUCAGAGGAAGAACUAUCCAGCCAGAGAAUUAAAGUCUCUAAUGUUCUUCACCAUAACCGU